UCGCAGUAAAGAAACAAAUGAGAUAAAAAGAUCGCCGCCAAUAUUUCACAGUCACAGUGUUAUUGAUUAGAUUCUUUUAGACACAUAUGGCUGAACAAUAUUAUCGUCUGGUGAACAGAAAAUAAAGAGAGAAAGGGAGGUUGUUAAAAGAAUCAUUCGGGUGUUAAUGACAGGCAGCUGUUUUUAUUCCUCUAGGGGGGGUAUAGUAGUCGUCCCUUAGGAAGUGGGUAAAUGGCAGGGGGUCAUCUCGGUCGUCUAGUUUCCGCCCGUUUUCCCACGUCACGUCAGUCAACUGUGCGAGCAAUAGAUGGCGUUUAAAUGGCGAUUGCCCAUCGGGAUCCAUACCAGUGGUCCAUCCACUGUGUAGGAGAGGGGGGCGGAGUCUCUUUUUGGGCAUGCGCUGUCAACAGGAAGAAAAGCUGCUGCUUCCAACCCUACCAGAGACUCUUUACUACACAAGAGUCGUAGUAGUCGGCUGGUUUUACACAGACAUGCUUCCAUGUCCCUUUUGAGUGGUGUGGUGUGUUGUUUUUGCCUUUUGCUCUAGAUUUUUUCCUGUCCGACCCAGUAGAGAGUGGCCAACGCUGUUUGAUCGACAAUACAGUCGUCUUAAAAGUGCUGUGAUUUAAUUUGAAAACUGAACGAAUUUGAUUUCGAAUUGAAAAAUUUAUUUUUCAAUUCGCCAAUACUAGAAAACAAGAAACGAGAAAGUUUGACACGAGAUUUCUAUCAAGUGUGUGGGUCAGUUAGUUUUGAUUGAUUUGAUUUGGAUUCCGAAUCGAAACCCCCAACAGCCGCCAAACUGUGGAGCGCCGGAGCAUUCUUCCUUCCUCCGCAAGGAGUCUACUAUCCGCACAUGGUGCAGGCCGGAUUGGCUCCGCCCUAUGCCCAGUACGGACAGGGCGGAGGUGAUGCAGCGGCGCUGGCCCAAGCGGCUGCCCAGGCGGCGGCUCAGGCAGCGGCGGCCCAAGCGGCCGGUGUCGCCGUUCCGACCAGCCAGGGCCCAAACAAUGUCGGCGGUGGCGUAGGUGGCGGCGGCCCCAACUGCGGGGGCUUGAAAUUGGAGAAGGACGACGCCAACGGAUCCAUGGCCAUGACCAUGGCCUCGACCAGUUCGUGUAAUACUUCAACGUCCACGAGCUGCGUCCUAUCGGGGUCAGUGGGAGUGCCGUCACUCGGCUCCCAGGCCGCAGUGGCAGCCGCUUUGGACAGCCUUUCCGGCGGAGCCGCAGCAGCUGCUCUUAGUCUCGGAGGCAUCGAUCAAUCUUCACUAGCCGCGGAAUUGAAUGCGGCAUUCGGAUUGAACUUGUCGCAUCAGCUAGGAGCCGGACAGCAACAACAGCAGCAGCAACAGCAGCAGGACGUGAUGGUGGGCAAUGGUGAUGUCAAUGGCGAUCCUAGCGGUUGCGUAGCGGCCGCAGCGGCUGCGGCUCAGGCCGUGGCGGCUGCCACCAACACGGGCUGCUCGGUCUCAUCCAGCAACACAACACCAACGUCCGGAAUGAUCACCACCAUUGACCUGUCAUCGGGAUCUUCGUCAUCGGUCGGCGUCGGCUCUGGAGUGGUGGUGCAGACGAGCGGAGCCGGAAGCGUCGCCGGCGGCUCUUCCUCUCCCAAAGAGAUGCCCAAACGCCUCCACGUUUCCAACAUCCCCUUCCGCUUCAGGGAUCCCGAUCUGAGAGCCAUGUUCGGGCAAUUUGGACCCAUCCUCGACGUGGAGAUCAUCUUUAACGAGCGCGGAUCCAAGGGGUUCGGUUUUGUAACGUUCGCAAGUAGUGCUGAUGCGGACCGCGCACGAGAGAAGCUUCAUGGCACCGUGGUUGAGGGACGCAAAAUUGAGGUCAAUAACGCGACGGCCAGAGUACAAACCAAAAAACCCGCCACUCUUCCUAACGAAGAGCAAGAAUUUAAGUCAUCCCAAUUCCACUUGGGACUGGAAGCCGCUGCAGCUUUGCGAGGCGUUGCCCUUCAACGCGGACGGGUCCAGCGAGCCGCUGCGGCCGCUUCCUACCCUGCAGCUGCUGCCGCCGCUGCUGCCGCCGCUAUGGCCCGACCUCAGCUCACUGCCGCUUCGCUACAGGGAGCGUACUACGAUAAUUUGAUGGCCCAGGUCCAAGCCCAAGCGCAAGCCCAGGCCAGCGACGCCUACAGACUGCAGGUAGGACAACAAUAUCAGCAACUGGCAGCAGCAGCCGCCGCGGCCGCCGCUACUCAGCGACCGCCCACUCUCUCGCCGUCGCUUGCAUCCGUACUGUCACGCAACUCCCAGUCCACAACGUCGCAACAAAUUCAGGCGGGCUAUCUGAGUCAGGCCGCCGCUGCUGCCAAUUACACCGCGGCGGCCAAUGCGGCAGCCCGGGCUUACGGAGCCGCUGCAGCUGCCCAACCUUCAACAAUGGCCGCCUACGCUGCCGUCCCCGCAAAUUACGGAGCCGAUCCGUAUUUGGGGCACAGCAUCGGACCGGUGCCCACGUACGGAAUUAGCAAUUCCGCCGAACUGCAAUCCGUCAACAAAUUGGCUGCCAUGUACCGAAGUAGUUACAACAGAUUCACACCCUAUUGAGAGAAUCUCCCGGAAGUGAACGACGUCGGUGAAGAAAAGAAACAAAAGAAAAAAGGAGGGAGAGAUAUAACAAAUUGAGUAAAAAACCAAACCCGACCCGCUGCCGUAUUUUUCCUUUUUAAUUGUUGAGUGUUUUGGUGUGUGUGUGUGAGUGUGUGGCCAGUAGUCGUUUCCCUUCCGUUCGUUCGGUCGUCUCACACGAAAAAUCACCAGCGCGCACAAAAGACAAACCAAAAAAUAACCAGCCCCGAAACGCACAAAAAUUUCUCACAUGUGGUGACACAUGGGGGGGCCGGCCCAAAGUAUUUCAACUUUCUCCUUUUUUAAUUUUUUAAACCAAAAAAAUCAAGCACAACAACUGGGAGAAAGAAGAAAAAGAAGAGUGGGCAGUUUGUUGGGUCCCUCGGUCCUCUUUUUAAUUAUUUUCUCGACUCCUGAAAUUUUGUUUCUCUUCUCCUUUUUGUUUCACAGUCAAAAAUUGUGUUGGCCUCUCUCUCUCUUCGUUCGAGGCUUCCAACAACAAAAACGUAUACCAAAUAAGAGCCUAACGGACCUCGUUUUCCUCUUUCGCUUUCUCCUCCUACUCGCCUCCACGCCCAAUUUUCAGAAGAAAAAACAAAAAUUCUCUUUUUUUUUGAUAUAACAAAAAGAUAAAUUACUCGGAAUCGUUCGUCUACCCCCCUCAUAUUUGAAUUUACUCAGAUGACGUCCCCGUACACACAAAACAGAAGAAAUACUCUCGAGAGUGAUAUAAUAUUUAACAGAAAAACAAAAAGAUGCGCACGUGUAUUUGUUUCUUGACACACAAAUUCUCCUACCGAGUUGACUCGAUUUUUCUUUUAAGAGAGGAGAAAUUUAAUUUUAGCACAAAACAAAUUAGCAGAAAAAUUGUAUUUCUCACGCUCUUCCGGCUCAAACGACGAUUUUUUUAAAUUAUUUUUAUUUUCUUGUUUUGGUGUUUUGACGGCCAGUCGAGCGGCUCUCUCUCACCGAGUCCCCUCCUCCUCUCUCACCUGUUUAUUUCAAAAUCGUUUUUU